AUGGAGCUUAUCCGAGGAAACAACUUGGGUGACAUAUGGUUUGACCUUUCUGAAAAGGCUAGAAUUACCGUUGUCACCAAGCUCGUGGAGCUGGAGUCUCGACUGUUUGCUCUUGAUCUUCCAGCAAGCGGUAGUCUGUAUUACACCAAGGAUUUGCAAGCUGGGUCCAGUAAAGUUGGGGUUGCUAUCUCGAACUCUGCAGGCGAUGGCGACUUUUGCAUUGGUCCUGAUACAAGACUCAGCAUGUGGCAUGGAAAACGGAGCGAUAUCCAGGUUGAUCGUGGACCAUAUACAGAUCCAGCAGCGGCACUUAUAGCCGGGGCCAAGAAGGAAAUUGCAUAUUUGACAAAGUUUGGCAAACCGCUUCACCCCUUCCAACGUCUGCGGCGAGAGGUCUACAAUUAUCAAAAGCAAUCGCCUUUAGAUCAUCUUGACAGUCUGGACAAAUACCUGCGAAUUGCGCCUUAUCUAAUUCCGCAUAGCAACGAAACCCUUACCCGCCCGACGCUAAGACAUCCCGAUCUCCAACCAAAUAAUGUGUUUGUCUCUGAGGAACUCGAAAUCACUAGUCUGAUCGACUGGCAACACUGCGCAAUACUCCCGCUCUUCUUGCAGUGUGGCAUUCCGAACAGCCUCCAGAAUUACGGCGAUGACGUCUCCGAAUCUCUUACACUUCCCGAAUUGAGCGAGAGCAAACAGUUCGAGCAGGUCUUGCUCUUACGUCGGCGUCAACUUCACUACUUCUACGUUGCAAUGACUGCGAAACUGAACUCGACGCACUACGACGCUCUAGCCUACGACUUCAGCAUCUUGAGGCGCAAACUCUUUGAUCACGCGAGUUCCCCCUGGGAAGGCGAUAACGUGACACUCAGAGCUGACCUCAUUUACCUAACGGAGAACUGGUCGGAUAUUGUCGCUCCGGAAUCGAGCGCAGGAGGUGAAUCGAGGGCUCCUUGCCCGAUUUCGUUCACAGAAGAGGAGGUGGCCGAGUGUAAACGUCUGAAUGCUGCGCAGAUUGAGGUAGACGAGCAGCUCCAGGCUUGUAGGGACGUUAUUGGCAUCGGCGCCGAGGGAUGGGUACCCUUGGAGCUGUAUGAAGAGACAAAACAACGUGCAAUCAAGCUGAAGGCUGAUGCGCUUGAAGCGGCUGAGUCUGAGGAGGAACGAGCGAGGCUAUCCGAGCAUUGGAUUUUCGAUGAUUUUGAUGAAGAGGGGUAUUCGUAA